CGUCGCUACCGCGUCUUCGUCGCCGACGACGUUCUAGUCAACACCGUGGUCGCUGCGACCCCAACUCCCCUCCUCCUCCAACCCAUUGUUCACCUCUGUCGUCGCAGGCGCGCGCUUCCGGCGGACACCGCUCGCACCGCCGCCGCGACCCUGGUAGCUCGUACACCGGAACGCUCUCGGCAAGCCUUCCAGAAGCACCAUCCCUCGCAGUUGCGUGGUCGUAUACGUGUAGAGCCUACGCGUGCCGCCUUUUCUCUGCUGGCAUACACGAGCGUGCUACUGAGCUCGACCUCGAGCUUCACUUCCGUCCCUUGCUUAGGCUGUUCUGGUGGGUAAGAUGAGCGUGCACGAAGAGGCGGACUUGGGCGAGGAUCGCCAUGCGCGUAUUGAGCAGAUCUUCCAACGCGUCGAGGAGGAAAGCGAGCGGCGCGCACAGGCCGCUGCAGCAGCAGAGCAGACGCGUGCAGCGUCGCGCCUGUCGCAGACACUCCCGGACGACGCAGCGUCACACACGUCCGGGACCAGCACGUCGUCACCCGUCGCUGUGACGUCGGCAAGGCCGGUCGUUGGAGAUCGGAGACGGGGGAGCGUGUCGGUGUCGAGGUUUGGGCAGGGCUCCGUUGCUAGCAGGAACGGCGACGCGUCCCGCGCGGAGACACCGACGCCUGCGGCAGCGUACGUCGUCAACAAAGGUGCGUUCUACGCCGUACAGGACCACCAACACGGCUCCGCGGACUCGCUCGCCUCCACCGCCGAAGCCAACCCUGUCUCUGCCCAUUCCCCUAGCUCGCCCGCGCACGAGGAAGAGUCCAUCGUGCAGAUGGCGACCAUCGCAGGGCGGCAGUCGCUCUCGCGCGCGUUCACGCGCGGCCUCUCGCGCAGCAAGACGCCGUCGCGAGCGGGCCUGGAGGGCGUGCUCAUCGGCGUGUCCGUCGAAGAGGCCACCGUGGAGCACCACUCUGACGAGGGCGAUGCCACCGAGGAGGCCGGCCCUAGCAGCGCGGGGGCAGCAGCAUCCUCGCUGGCGGUCGAAGGGCUGGAGAGCAGGGCUGGACGCGCCAGGGCGGCCAGCCGUAGCGUGGUCUACGCUGGGAACGGGCCGCCGCCAGGGAGUCCGUUGACACCGGGGCCGGGAACCUCGAGCGGUCCUGCGCCUACGGAGCUAAAGGCAAAAGGCUCGAGAGCGUCGUUGCCCGGGACGAACGGUGAGGCCAAGACAGAGCGGAAAUGGCUCUCGCGCGCGAAGACGUUCACGAGGAAGCUGAAGAGAAGGAGCAUGAUGGCGCUGGGGGCAUCACGGUAA